AUGUCGACAGCUGAUGCAUCUGCCAGAACUGUUUCGACUUUCUGCAGUUUCAUCUCACGAGAACCAAACUCUGAUUUCCCUCCACAAGCAGGGAGGUAUCAUCUGUACAUAUCAUAUGGUUGCCCCUGGGCAUCUAGGUGUCUAGCAGGUUUAAUGAUCAAAGGACUGGAAAAAGUCAUCAGCUUCAAUUCUGUGAAAUCCAAAUGGGGAAGGACCAAGGAUACUGAUGAGCACAUCGGAUGGCUUUUUCCUGAUUCAAGUACAGAAGAAGACGGUGCAACUCCUGAUCCUUGGAAUGGAGCCAAAAGCAUCAGAGAAUUAUAUGAGAUGGCAAGCACAAACUACUCAGGAAAAUAUAGUGUUCCCGUUCUCUGGGAUAAGAAACUAAAGACUAUAGUGAAUAAUGAGAGUUCAGAGAUACUACGAAUGUUGAAUACAGAAUUCAAUGAUCUUGCUGACAAUCCCCAACUAGACCUCUAUCCAGCCCAUUUGCAAGCUAAAAUCGACGAGAUAAAUGAAUGGGUGUUCAGUGAUAUAAAUAAUGGAGUUUAUAAAUGUGGAUUUGCAAAGAAACAAGAAGAUUACCAUGAGGCGGUAAACAGUUUAUUUGCAGCUCUGGACAAAUGUGAGGAAAUUCUCAGCAAACAGCAAUAUCUCUGUGGAGGAACUGUGACUGAAGCAGAUGUUAGAUUGUUUGUUACCCUUAUAAGGUUUGAUGAGGCUUAUUUGAUUUACUUCAAGUGCAACAAGAAGAACUUGAGGGAGUAUCCAAAUCUUUUCAAUUACACUAAAGACAUUUUCCAGAUCCCUGGGAUGAGUAGUUCAGUCAACAUGGAACACAUUAAGAAGGUUUACGGGUACCUUCAUCACAUCAAUCCAUCUGGAAUUAUUCCUGUCGGUCCAGAUAUCGACUAUUCCUCUACACAUGACAGAGCUAGAUUCUCCACAUAA